AGAGUUAGUAGUAGAGUUGAGCUGUUGGGAAACGGGGAAACUUCAACUACCAGCAUGCACCAGAGGUGAACACGGUCUCCACAAGUAGGGAGCGGGACUCCUGGCACGCCCAGAAGUGGGAGGCCAGUGUGAAAGGGAGUAUUGUGUUGGGAUGCGAUUAUUGUAAACGGGGCGCAGAGCGGAGCAGUGAAGAGAGAGGGGAGCUUCAGGAACUGUGGAACUGGUCAGUACUGGAAGGAUUAACCACUAAGUCUGAAUCAUGAACAGCGUCACCUAUACAGCUCACUGGGAGUGGUGUGGAAAUUGUGCAAGAUACGGAUAAGACACGUGUGUUUUUUUUUCUUUACUCUUAAAUGCUGCACUUCUUUAAAGUUAUUGCUGAAGCUCCCCUGCCCUGGCGCUACACUAAUACCCACUCAACUGCUAGCUUAAUAAUGCUGGAGAGAGAGGCGGACGGCUGGAUCGGUCGGAUGAUGUUUUUUUCUUCGUGGAUUUUUCGUGGAGUGCCACAGCAAGGAUAAAAAGUCCGUCAGAGAGCUUACACAGCGCUCACCGAGACAGAAAACCAAAAAAACAGAGCUACAGAACACGCAGAAAUCACAGCGGACAAGUAACCAACACAACAGCUGAGUAAAAACAUGGGCAACGCGGGGAGUAUAGACCAACAGGCUGACAUGAGGGGACACGGCAUGCCUCUAAAACUGCCCAUGCCCGACCCGGGAGAAUUAGAGGAAAGAUUCGCCAUUGUUUUGAAUUCUAUGAACUUGCCUCCAGACAAAGCCAGGCUACUGCGGCAGUACGACAACGAGAAGAAGUGGGAGCUCAUCUGUGACCAGGAACGAUUCCAAGUUAAGAACCCUCCUCACACAUACAUCCAGAAGUUGAAGAGUUAUCUGGACCCUGCAGUCACCAGGAAGAAAUUCCGACGGAGGGUGCAGGAGUCCACCCAAGUCCUGAGAGAGCUGGAAAUUUCAUUAAGGACCAACCAUAUUGGAUGGGUACGUGAGUUUCUAAAUGAGGAGAAUAAAGGCUUGGACGUGCUGGUGGAGUAUCUCUCGUUCGCACAGUACGCUGUCACGUUUGAUGGUGACAGUAUUGAGAAUGGUGCAGAUAACGCCAUGGACAAGUCUAAAUCUUGGAGUCGCUCUAUUGAAGAUCUUCAUGGGGGUAGCAAUCUACCAUCUCCUAUUGUUGGGAACAACAUCAACAGAGCUGGGAGGCACUCAACGUUAAGAUGCAACACGUUGCCCAGCAGAAGAACGCUGAAGAAUUCGAGAUUAGUUUGUAAAAAAGACGAUGUUCACGUCUGCAUCAUGUGCCUACGAGCCGUCAUGAACUACCAGUACGGCUUCAACAUGGUCAUGUCCCACCCACAUGCUGUGAAUGAAAUUGCACUAAGUCUGAACAACAAGAAUCCCAGGACGAAAGCUCUGGUGCUGGAACUGCUGGCUGCUGUGUGUUUGGUGAGAGGAGGACAUGAAAUCAUCCUGUCUGCUUUUGAUAACUUUAAGGAGGUUUGUUCAGAAGAGCAGAGAUUUGAGAGGCUGAUGGAGUACUUCAAGAAUGAGGACAAUAACAUUGACUUCAUGGUGGCGUGUAUGCAAUUCAUUAACAUUGUGGUCCACUCGGUAGAAGAUAUGAACUUCAGAGUGCACCUACAGUAUGACUUCACAAAACUGUGUCUGGAUGAAUAUCUGGAUAAACUGAAGCACACUGAGAGUGAUAAGUUACAAGUACAGAUCCAGGCAUACCUGGAUAACGUGUUUGACGUGGGAGCUCUGUUGGAGGACGCUGAGACGAAGAACGCAGCACUGGAACGAGUGGAGGAGCUGGAGGAGAACAUGUCGCAUUUGACAGAGAAGUUGCAAGACACAGAAAAUGAAGCCAUGUCGAAGAUUGUAGAACUGGAGAAACAGCUAAUGCACAAAAACAAGGAACUUGACGCUGUUCGGGAAGUGUACAAGGACGUAAACACGCAGGUACACACGUUAAAACGGAUGGUAAAAGAGAAGGAUGAGGCCAUUCAGAGGCAGUGCAAUCUCGAGAAGAAGAUCCACGAACUGGAGAAACAAGGAACUAUUAAGAUCCAGAAGAAAGGAGACGGUGAUAUCUCCAUCCUGGCCUCGGCUCCGUCCACUAACGGUCUGCUGGUGGGGACAGAACACAUUGGAGAAGCGCAUGUGGGUAGCAUAUCUGGUCUUGUUGGACCUGUUAAUGGAGAAGGACAUGGCAUGAUCAUGCCACCACCCCCACCUCCACCUCCUCCUCCACCUAUGUCUGCAUCAUUACCAAACGGCCCAUCAGCUAUUCCUGAGCCUCCCCCUCCACCUCCUCCCCCUCCACCUCCUCCUCCUCUCCCCGGGCCUGCAUUGGAAAUUUCUGCCCCUCUGCCCCCUCCUCCACCCCCCAUGGCACCCCCACUUCCAGGCUGUGGGUCUCCUACAGUCAUCUUCAACUCAGGACUCGCAGAGGGACCCAUCAAACUGUUCUCAGUGAAAAUUAAGAAGCCAAUCAAAACCAAGUUCCGCAUGCCAGUGUUUAACUGGGUGGCACUGAAGCCCAACCAGAUCAACGGCACCGUCUUCAACGAGAUCGACGACGAGAGGAUACUGGAGGAUCUGAACGUAGAUGAGUUUGAAGAGAUGUUUAAGACGAGAGCUCAGGGUCCUGCUAUCGACGUCACAUCCAGCAAACAGAAGACCAUCCAGAAAGGCCCAAAUAAAAUCACCUUACUGGACUCCAACAGGGCCAAGAACCUGGCCAUCACACUCCGGAAAGUGGGCAAAACUCCUGAGGAGAUCUGUAAAGCCAUUCAGAUGUUCGAUUUGCGGACGUUGCCGGUGGAUUUUGUGGAGUGUCUGAUGCGGUUUAUCCCGACGGAGCCUGAAGUGAAGGCGUUGCGUCAGUAUGAGAAGGAGAGAAAGCCGCUGGAAAACCUCACAGAUGAGGAUCGCUUCAUGAUGCAGUUCAGCAAGAUUGAGCGCCUCAUGCAGAAGAUGACUAUCAUGGCAUUUGUAGGAAACUUCUGUGAGAGUGUCCAAAUGCUCACACCGCAACUGCAUGCGGUUAUUGCAGCAUCUGUAUCGAUCAAGUCUUCACAGAAACUCAAGAAAAUCCUAGAGAUUAUUUUGGCUCUUGGGAACUACAUGAACAGCAGUAAAAGAGGGGCGGUGUACGGCUUCAAACUUCAAAGUUUAGACUUGUUAUUAGACACUAAAUCCACAGACCGGAAGCUAACCUUGCUCCACUACAUUGCAAAUGUAGUAAGGGAGAAGUACCAGCAGGUGUCACUCUUCUAUAAUGAGCUUCAUUAUGUGGAGAAGGCUGCAGCAGUAUCUCUGGAGAAUGUGUUGCUGGAUGUGAAAGAGCUGCAGAGAGGGAUGGAUCUGACUAAGAGAGAGUACAGCAUGCACGGCCACAACACACUCCUCAAAGACUUCAUUCAGCACAACGAAAGCAAGCUCAAAAAACUACAGGAUGAUGCCAAGAUUGCACAGGAUGCCUUUGAUGAAGCAGUGAAGUUUUUUGGUGAAAGCGCGAAAACCACCCCUCCUUCAGUCUUCUUUCCUGUGUUUGUGCGCUUUGUGAAGGCAUACAGGCAAGCAGAAGAGGAAAAUGAGGCGAGGAAAAGGCAGGAGCAGUUAAUGAUGGAAAAGCUGCUAGAACAGGAAGCCAUGAUGGAGAUGGAGGAUCAAAAGUCUCCUUCUCAUAAAAAUAAGCGACAGCAACAGGAGUUGAUAGCUGAAUUAAGGAAGAAGCAGGUGAAAGACAGUCGGCAUGUUUACGAAGGGAAGGAUGGAGCGAUCGAAGACAUUAUCACGGCCUUAAAGAAGAAUAAUAUUACUAAAUUUCCCAAUGUGCACUCGAGGGUAAGGAACUCGUCCACUAGCACCCCAGUGGUGAUGGAUGGUACUCAAACCUGAUCUAAGAAACCAGCCUUACAGGCGCGCCGACGCAGUGAGGAGGAGCGUCCGGAGACGCUUCGAUGAUCAGAACUUGCGGCCAAUCAACAAUGCAGAGGUGGUCAUGUAAUGAAGGCAGAGCGGAUGUGAUUGGAUGGCGGCGGAGGGAGUGGAAGCGGGGCCUUGUAGCCUCUCUGUGAAAAAUGGACUGAAGUGAAGGAUUGAGGAAAGACUGUGGAAGUUGCUCUGAAAGGUCAAAAGGUUAACGCUACCUUUGACAAGCCAAGUGCCUGAAUUUUAAUAUUGUGUAUUCGGAUGUUUGUUUGUUUUUUUAUGUCAUAUGUGGUUUUUACUUCGAGCAAUAGGACUUAAUCUGGCGUUCCCUUUUAAAGAGAAAGAAAAAAGACACCUAAACGGACGUUAUCCGGUGUAUUCCCACUGUAUCUUCUCUGUGGAAAGAGUAAUAAUGGGAAAUGGUCCACAGCUGUUUACAAUACACUUUCUCACACAUAUUAUUACUAUUUAUAUAUACUAUGAAAAUCCAUAGUAACUUCUGACAUUCCAGUGCUAAUUGCCAUAUCGCUUUGCACAGCCUGGUUCCCCUGGAUUUUUUUUUUUUUUUUUAACAAGGGCUUUAACAAGUGUUUCCUUAAAGAUUCCAGGCAAAGCUCCUGCUCCUGCAAAUCCUUAAGAAUGCUGCCGAAUGGAGGAAACCUAACAAAACAAAAAAAAAACACAAAACAAAAAAAGCUAUUGCUAACCACACAUGGCUUUUGUAGCUUUUAAAAGCAAGUCUUUUUUUAAUAAAAAAAAAAAGGAAAAACAGCGAUGGAGGAAGUGUAGAAGAGAAAGUAUUAUGAAAGGGUUUUGUAAAGUAAAGUACAGUAGGUGGUACUACUCUAUGGUAAUGUGAACUGUAUAUAAAUUUAAGCAUUAACACAAUCAUCAUCCUCAUCAUCAUCAUCAUCAUCUCCAGCUAUCAUCAGUGUUAAUGGACCAAGUACAGAAAGCAGCUCACCUUGAGCUUGAAUUACAAAUUAAAGCAUCACAAACUGUGUGCUGCCUUUAAUCACAAGGCAAGUUUUUUUUCUAAGCUGGAAUCCAGUAAAGUAAAGUAAAUUAACUAGUUGAGUCUAUCAAAAAUGCCAUUUAAAGGUCACAGAAGGAAAAAGCUCCAGAUGAGGGGAAUAUAGACCAAGUUAUAAAGACCACAGCAGAUUGACAGACAUACAGAUGUCCUGUAUGUUGAAUGGUUACUGUUUUAGUACAGAUACAGUAUAUACCAAAGAAUAAAUACAAACAAACCAACCAACCAACCAACCAACAGCUAAGGCACAGCAAUGAUACUUAAUUCAGUUCUCAUUUAAAAAUAAAAAAAGACAAAACAAACAAAACUGGACACUAUGAACUAAUUUAAGGUGUUUUUUUAAGGCAUCUUGUAAUCACUAAGUGCGUAUUUGUAAUACAGUUUUUAACCACUGAAGCACUCGGAUCGCACUCUAUUCUCCAUUUGGCUCACAUACAGUAGUUCACUCAGCAUAAUUUAAGAUGAGAUAAGAGUGCCAUUUCUCCUGAGUAUCUAGAUCUAUUUAAAAACACCAGCUCAAAGCAACGAGAAAGACCAGCAUCAAAACAACGGGAACAAUGUGUGCUAUAAAAUCUUGCUCUUUUUCUUUUUUUUUUUUUAACACUUCUUAACCUUCAUUAGCACAAGGUUAAUAUUGUACAUAUUGUUUAAAACUGCUUAAAAAUUUCGAUUUCGACAUCCUGUGUUCCACCAUUUGAAUGUUAUUUUAACUUAUAGUUUUUCAUUUUUUUGUAUAUUUAAUUAAACCCAGCCAUGAAUCAGGUGUAUCUCUAACGGCAUAUGUAGCAGAGGGCUCUGACUGUACGCUUGCCUGGCAGUAUUAAGGCAUUAGAAUAACUGACACAAUCUGACACCAUACGUAUUCCUAAUGCAUAAAUAAAUACAGGCACACGUCUCUAAUGCAGCGUUCUCAUGUCCUUAUGCAUUCCAUUCCACUUACACAACUGGAUCCGACUGGCAUGUGUUCUUCAUUCUCUCUUUCUAAUCAGAAAUGUAUCUUUAGGCAUUGUAUGCUUCCAGCAGAACUCUGAACUGAUUUUUUAAUAUGUUUUGUUAGAUCCACAGUUUGUCAAUGCCGAUGAUUAAAUAAACUGUUGCAUAUCA